CCAUCUUGGCUUGACGCGUUUGUCAUUUUCGUGUUUGGUCUCGGGACGGCUGCUCCAUUCUGUGUUCUUCGGUUUUAGAUGCCCAAAGUCGGCUUCCCAUGACAAUAUACGGAUAGACCGCGGCAUCUUCAUCUCAAUCAACUCAAAUGAAAAGACAAUUCAAAAAUGGUGGGAAAAAAAAGUGCGGGAAUGUGUAUUGUGCCGGACUGUCUGAGCGCGUAUUACCCUGGAUGCGGGAUACGGUUUCACGCAUUCCCACCAGAUCGUAAAAAAAGAGAUCAUUGGCUAGAAAGCCUGAAUUUAACUCCGAAAGAUUACCAAAAUGGAGCGAAGGUGUGUUACCGACACUUCAAAACCUCGGAUUACUCGCACAACAACCCUCGACAGGCGCUGAAGAAGAAUGCAGUUCCAGCCCUAAAGGUAGAACCUGACUCUGAUGCGGAAAGUCUCGACAUAGAUACUGCUCUGGAAAAGCUCAACGAAGUGACAUCAUCAGAAAGUGACGGUGUUGGUGACGUUGAUGAUUAUAUAUCUGCAGAAGAAUUAAGUAUACCAUCUUCUGAUGAUGAGCCGAAGAAGACAACUAAGAAGAGGAAGAAAACUGCCACAAAAACUGCUGUAAAAAAGAACCAAGAUGCAAAGGUUAAGAAAGAAGUUAAAAAGAAUACUAAGGGUCCGAAGGCUGUUAAGAUAUCUAAAGAAGAUUUGAACACACACUUAGGGCUUCAGGUGUGUCGUAUUUGCUUGGUCACCGGCUGUAAAAUGUUCUCGAUGACACAUUACAACUUGGAGAAUACCUAUCUCCUGCUGACUGGAAUCACGGCCGAGAUGUUUGACUCCUCCAAGAUGCCUCAAAUGCUGUGCUACGAGUGUCUCCAAAGACUCCUGAACUUCAUAGAGUUCAGUACUAAAAGCCUGACCUCUUGGACGUGCCUUAUGGAGCUUAUCGAAGGAGAUAUCCUCACAAUGGACACCAUAAAGAAUAUCAACCGCAAGCAACAUUUACUAGAAACAAAACUGGCUCUAACCGUAUUCGAACCCAACCACUUCGACCUGCAAGUGGAAGAAUACGAGGAAGAAAUCGGCGACCAAAAACUAGAAGACACAGACAAGGAAAUACUAGAAGACACCAUAGACAAAGAAAUAGAUGAAACUAUAGACAAAGAAAUACUAUACCUAGAAGACGGCACCAUAGUCGAAACAGAAUACCAAGAUGGCGAAACCAAAGACAAAUCAGCGAGCGAAGAUGAUGACGACUUCGCAAAACACGAAUCCGACUUUGGUUUGCAAAAUUCUGACGACGAAAACGAUAUUGAUAAAAAUUACGAUUACAGUGUAAGAAAAACUAAUAUAGUAACGCAAUACGCGAAAGAGUUUAACGAAAUGUUUGAAGUUAUUAAAAUGACAGAAGAAGACGCGAGAGAUGAGAUUAAUAAAAGGAAGUUUACUGAUCAUUAUCAUAAUGCUGCGUUUAAGUGCGAACAGUGCUUUCGAGCGUUCCAGCUAGAAGGUCCGUACUGGCAGCACAUGAGACUUCACAGCAAAGACUACGGCCCAUACAAGUGCGAUAUUUGCAAGAUGCACUUCGAAACUUUCAAUUCUCUUAAAAAACAUAAGAUGUCCAAACACGCGAGGUUCAUGAAAUGCCGGCUGUGCCCGUUCACCACGACCUUCAGUUCGGCCGCGGCCGCCCACAAGCACUUCCACGAGGGCCGCCGAUACCAGUGCGAACAUUGCCCCAAGUACUUCACGAGCGUGGCAACAUUCAUCAACCACCGGCAGCGUUGGCACCCUGAAGAUGUUGUGUGCCAUCUAUGUGGAGAGUCAUUCCCCGGCAUCCGCCGGCUGCAGACGCACUUUAGGUUCCACCACAAGACGGAGGAACUGAUGAUCAAAAUGAAAAAAAGGAAGUCGAAAACGAAGAACAUCAGAUCGAUGGCGACUAGAACCAAAUACACGCACGUCAGCUACCUCACUACGCUGCCAGAAGACAGCCCGUACUGCGCAACAUGCGACAUGCGCUUCUUAACCACCGAAGCGCUUCGGAAGCAUGUAUCCGUGUCCCCCUGCCACGGGCACCCGGCCGAGGAGCCGUUCAAGCCCGGCAAGCGACCAAGACUUGACGAAAACGAUGCUGAAAGUACCAAGAAGAAAAGCGUCACGUGUGAGCAGUGCGGCGAGGUCCUCGAAUCCAUCCGGCGGUACAUCAGCCACUUCCUCGACCAGCAUCCAGGAAAAAACCGGACCCAGUUCUCGCAGGGACCCAACCAGUAUAUGUGCGAGGUCUGCGGACGGGUCAUGCAGAACGUAACAACGUUGAGGGAACAUUUGAAUUCUCACACCGGCGCGCGUCCCUUCGCCUGCGAGAAGUGUGGCCGCACCUUCGCGACCAAGCAAGCGCUGUCCGCGCACAUGCCCGACCACACGCAGUCCCGUCGCUGCCGAAUAUGCGGCAGGGAAUUGGCUUCCCGCGCCGGCCUUCAACGACACGUUGCGAUUCAUCUAAACGCGAAGCCGUAUUCGUGCGAGCCGUGCAACAAACGGUUUUGCAAUCCUUCAGCGAAGCGGGCGCACAUCAGGCAUUUCCACAUGGGCGUGCCCUGGCCCAAGAAGCGGCCGCGCGACCAACCCGCCUCCCGCCAGAGGGGCGGCACGUUCCGAUCGGACGUCGACAUAGAAAUGGACGAAUUGAACACAGAAGAAUAAAUUUAGAGAGCCCGUAGACUACACAUUUAGGCAGGCCUAGUUUGGUCGGCUUCUAAAGGUCAUAGCAGACUUAUCAACUCGGAAAGGAAUAGAAUAGAAUAGAAAAGGUUUAUUGACACAGUAAAAAAAGACACAAUGCAAAAAAAAAACAACAAAAACAUAAUAUUUAGGCUAUUAAAACAAGUGGUGAGAAAAAACUGUGCCAAUAGGCACCCGCUCAGCAUUUAUCGUGACAUGCUCAAAAGGGCAAGUCACGAAGCUGGUCUUCCGCGGACGCCCUAACACAAAAGGGAUUAACACCCUAUCGCCUUUCGCGCGCUGUCAACCGCGAGGCGUUUACGUUACGGUGCGGAUAAGUGCGUUGCUGUAUGGAGUUUCAUACAAAGAAUACUGACCGCCUCGAUACAGUUACGAUCCCUUUCCGGGUCGAUAAGUGUGCUGCAUCCUUAAUUUGUACUAAGUAUCGGCAAAUAGAAUAGGUAAUUUGGCAAAUGUGCCACAAGGGCGGCCUUAUUACAAUGUAUUAUUGUACAUUUUCUUUGUUUAUAGAAAAAUAGGUUGUAAAUAAAUAUACUUGAAUUUUAAAAAGCUAUUUUUAUUAUUUACAAUUAUUAUUUACAUUAUUAAAAUCGUAUGUACACAAAACA